AUGGUGACUGCAUGCAGAGCUGAUAUUGUUCAAGACUAUAUAACAGAUUCAACUGAUACCACGCGUAACCUAAAAGGUGUUUGGAAACAUCGCGUAAAAACUGUAGCCAAAGAGUUCAAUAUAACCGUCAAGACGAAUAAUGAUAACUGGUAUAUCAUUGAAAAACUUAUUCAUUCAAAAGAAGAAGUAGCAGUAGCAUCUUCAUCUACAAAAAGUUCACUGCUUGAUCCAGACGAUAAUUUGCAGUCAUCCAAUCAGUCUUGUAGUGGUAUUAUUAAUAGUGGCAGUGGAAGUGGUUCACAAUCAAGUAAAUCAAAUAAAUCAAGUAAUACAAGUAAAGCAAGUCUUUUAGGAUACAAGUUAACAAGUACCGAUAAAGUGAAUGUUACAAAUAUGUAUACCUCGCUUCAAAAAGAUAGAAUGUGGAAGCUUUCUACUGGACGAUAUGUAGAAGAAGUAAUGAAUUAUGAACAUCCUUCUUGUUCUCUUAUUUUAGACUUGGAUGACAAAAAUUGGAUAAAUGUCUUUUCUGCGGAAGAAUUAGAUGAGAUCAAGAACAAGUGUGUUGAGAAGGAUAUCAGUUUUCAAUUUCCCGAAAAAAUGAAAGACUUUUUGAAUGCAAUCCCUAGAACUACGGAUAUAAUUAAAGUUUUCAACCAUAUCAACAAUAUAGUCAUUGAUCCAGCGACUGACCGAGAUCUUUAUUGGCUAAAGAUGACUAUUCAACAGGCUGCAGAUUUGUUCGUUACCAACUAUUUGCCUGUCACAGAUCAUAGCGAACGCGAUGUUAUGCGACGUGUCUGGGGUUUUAUUGAUACAGCUUUUGACAGAAGCGAACUGAAUUGCCGAAGCGAAAAAACCAGUAAAGCGUGUUCAUUAGAGAACAAUAAAAGAAGGAAAAUCGCGGCUGAAGAGCUGAUGGAACGACAAAAGGCAGGAGAAAUUCCAGAUUAUAAAAUUGCAUGCGAUAGAUACGAACUGGGAGCUGUAGAAGUCAGCAAAGACUUGACUGACAACACCAAGGAAUUGAACGAUGGUUCAAUUAAGCUUGGAAAAGUUAUGAAAUCGAUGUUAAUGAAUAUAAUCAGAAGCAAUCCUGAGCAGCAACAUAAGCUCAAAAUUAUAGGGAUGUUUAUUGCAGAGUUGAAGAUUAACUUCAUAGAGUUGACAAAUCCUGUAGGAUACGUUUGUGUGUUAAGAAAAACGAAGGAGCUUUAUUAUCCUGCUUUGGCAAAGGAGUUUGGAAAGAGAAUAAUCCCUCUGGUUAAACAAGUAUGGAUCACGAAAAUGAUCAUGGAGUCAGAAUUGGACUCCAUUAUGACAAAAUCUCUCUGCUAA